AGGGCCGUGUGGACGUGCUGCGCAGACGCUCCUGAUUCAGUUGGUUUUCUGCGUAGUUUUCCUGUUUUGAGCAAUCAAAUUGGCAGAUAGACAUGGCAGACGUGUGAAUACUGUCUGUGUGGAACUGGUACGUGGGGCCCAAAGCAGUUCUACCAUGCAGGUGCUACUCCCUACGAUUAUUCGUGAUGUGUAUGGGAUACCCAAUGAAGAGCUUUAUGGUGUGGCUGUUAACGGAGUUACAAGGAUUUUCAUCAGAUUUAUAAAUGCUGGAUUUUACUCCAGCAUAGUUGACAAGUACCACGAGAAGAGGAUGGCAGUGAAUACAGCAGUGGAGGAAACAAUAAUGAUGGAAAACUUUGAUGGAACUUGGAUAAGAGAAGCCGCACCUUUUGAGUACUUUUGUGAAGUGGCACAUCAAGACGGGACUCUUCUUAUCUGUUAUCGGCUUAAUCUUAAGACACGUGAACCUCUCCAGGAAGAACAUGUUAGACAAGCGCUCAUACUCCUCCACAGGAAAGUUCCGUGUCUGCGAGUGAAGUUCCAGGAGAGAGACGGAACUUCGUGGCUACGGGAGGCAACAUGUCCCAAUGUUGACUUUAAGGUAGUUCCUGAAAGCAAUGUUUAUUCUGUAAUGGAACGCCUGCGAACGUAUCGAUACAAUUCAGCUACUGGUCCUCUGUGGUGUGCCAGGCUGAUGUCUGAUGUAAGUUGCUGUCAGAGUAUCCAGACGUCAGCACAUAAAACUGAUGAUAGAUCCGUAUUCUUCCGGCAUUCACAUCAGUUGUUCGUGGGCUUUCAUCAUGGCAUUGUAGAUGGUUGGACAGCUAUGAAGAUUUGUGGCUGGACUGUCACGCUACUCAAUGACGUUAUUUCUGGCAAACCAGUUAAUAAUGAUCAACUAGGAGAACACGUCUCCCCUAAACAGACUAUGGAGCUGUUGUUAGCCAGAAAAGCUCUUAUUGAAGCUAACCCAAAAUUGAUAAAGAAAUUGACUGAUGGAACUAACUUACAGCAGGAGAUGAAGUCUUUCUUCCAACUAAUAAAUCAAAUGCCAAAGGAAAUAGAGGAGACCAAAAGUUUUAUUCAUAAAUGUCGGGCUGAGAGAGUUACAGUUCACUCUGCCUUCACUGCUCUUACUGGUGCAGCGUUGACUGACCUCUUAACUGAGAAAGGUAUUGUUCAAGAUACUUACAACAUACGUGUCGGUCAUCUCAUCAACAUGAGAAGAUACUGGAAAGGAGACGUAUCUCGAUCUCUUGGGUGCCACAUACUGAAGCCUUUACUUCAGUGCAUCGAUACUUCUAGAAAUGUACUUGACAAAUUCUGGGAUUUUGCUCGUUCCGUUCAUCAGGAACUUCAGAGGAACAUCGAGGAUGGUACAAUAAUUGGAGAAGAAGCAUUUGCAUGAUA